AUCUGCCGCUAGCUCGGUCUUUGCGCCGAGCGGCCGAAGAGCUGCAAUAGCUGGGCUAUUCACGCGCCCAGUACUUGCCACGAUCGCUGCGAGGCCGCCUGCCACAGCUGUGUCCAAACAAAAAGCCACCACAGCCAUCACAGCCAAAAAGCCACACCAGCCAUCAGCUGCGCAAAAGCAAGACAAUGCAUAUACUCCUCCGACUCGGCGCCGCAGCAGCAGCGCUCGCAGCAUUGGCAGCACAACGGCUGCGCAAACCGCAGCCCGUGCAGUACGACGUUGUAGUGGUGGGAGGAGGCGUCAUGGGCGUCUGGUCCGCCAUCGCGGCAGCAAGGCAGAACAGGACCGUCUGCCUCGUCGAGAAAUACACGGAGGGCCACGCGCGGGGCUCGUCGCACGGCGACGGCCGCAUCUACCGCUUCGCGUACGCCGACGAGAUUUACGUCGACAUGAUGUACCUGUCGCUGUCCUACUGGGGCGAACUGAAUGAUGCGACGAGCAAGGUGCUGGCCCACACGGGCGGCGUUUCGCUCUAUUCCGGGCAAGGUGGAAAUUAUGACUCGCACGGCGGUUUAGAUGAUCUUACCAAGAUUUACCGGAAGCGGGGCCUCGCGCACGAGAAAUUAUCUAGAAAGAAGCUCAAGGAGCGCUUCCCCCAGUUCUCGGCCCCGAAGAACACGACGGCGCUGUACCAGCCGGACUUUGGGGUACUGUUCGCCGACGUCGCGAUCUGUGUGGAAAUCAACCAGCGUGUCGGGUGCACUGGCUCCGUCGAGUGGUGAUGAACCGGCAUCGCCACGCCAUCGAGCAAGCGUCGCGUCGAUAGCGUGGAGGACGACGCGACGAACGCGCCGUAAAAUUUGAUUUCCACACAGGUCGCGAUGGCGAGAGCUUAUGAACUCGCGCGGAAGCUUAAGGUAGACGUGAGGGAGGGUUCUGAUGUUGUUUCAGUAAAGCGCCGGGCCGAUUCUGUUGAAGUGCGCCUCGGAAAUAAGGAAAGGAUCGUCGGCCGGAGUUGUAUCGUGGCGCCGGGCGCGUGGCUGACCUCAAUAGCUAAAAAGUGGUUCAAUCUUCAUGUACCCACGACCGUGACGCGGGAAACGGUGUCCUACUUCAAGCCGAAAGGAAGUAAAGCUGUCUACGGUUAUAAAAGAAUGCCCGUUUUUAUUUCGGAUCUUAACAACGGCCUCGGCGAUUUGGGCUACUACGGCAUCCCCAUCGUCAAGACACAGGGCGUCAAGGUCGCGGCGCACCACGUCGGUCAAACAUUAGAUGAGAAGGCGCUGCGGAGCCACGAUCAUCAAGGCGACCCUUCCAUAAUCGAAGCGAACCAACGCUUCGUGGCGAGCUUCUUCCCGGGGCUGGAAGCCACGCCCUUCCGGAGCGAGUCCUGCCUCUACACGACGACGCCGGACUACCACUACGUGCUUGAUAAAGUUCCUGGCGCGGGCGCGCCUAUCAUAUUGGCGGGCGGCGGCUCGGGCCACGCCUUCAAGAUGGGCCCGGCCAUCGGCGACGCCGCGGCGGCGCUCGCGCUGGGGGUGAAGCUGCCUUUUUCUUUAGAGACGUUCCGGCUCGACCGGCCGGCGCUUCUUCGGGCUUAGUUGUUGUGCCUCGAUGGCGUAAAAUGAAUGUGGUCCCACCUUCCUGAGGUCUCAGACGAC